UGCGCAUUGCAAAGCAGGGGCAACGCAAAAAGAAAUGUAAACAAAGUCAAGUGGCUCGAGUCGAAUGUUCUUAAAGUUACGUUCAUAUUUUGCUCUCACUAUGCACAGAAAUUUGGCAGCUCCACGAUAAAUUAAGAGAGAAGUAAUAAAUACGACGUCAUUUAUAAUCCAUAUCAAAUUGCAACUGCACAACCGCAAUUAUAGGACUAUUUUCCACCGCCUAUUUAACAGCGAGACGAAAGAGUUCCCCGUGAAAAUGCUUUCUAAACGCGAAACCCUGCUGAAAAGCUGAUGAGCAAACGUUCCGUCAGAGAAGAAUUGAGUGACGGUGCAAUCAAGUGCGAAUUUUUGGCCGCUGCCCAAAAGAUGCUGCUUUCGCUGGGGCGCGCAGUCCUGCGCCGCGCAGCUGCAGUUGCCCCUCCGACGAUGCUGCCCACCCCCGAGCUGCACCACCUGCCUACCUUCGAUGAGGACGAAACGUCCCCAGGGGCCACCCUGGCGGGGGCCUUCGGCGCCUUCGACGAGGCGGACGACGAGCAAAGGGUGGGCGACCUGGUCAAGGAAAUUUUCUCCUUCAGGGACUCUGCCGUCAGCAAUUGGAUCGUCGAGACCAAAGUGAAGCUGCUGUGCGCGGAAUACAAAUGCAUGCCGAGCCAUGACGCUUUUCUCAAGAUGAUCGCUUGCGACUACUCAGUGGACAACACCAGACUGCAGGAGGCGGCCAAAGCGCUGCUCAGUUUGGACCCUGGUGACCACAGAGGAGCUGUCAAAGCGCAAGAGAAGCUGCGGGACCAAUUAGCACCAAGGUACCAUUGGCUCUUUACGCAUAUGGGCCGUCUGGAAGGUGGUGUCAAGUUCCUAGUCGAUUUGCGCACGGAUGUCUUGGACGCAUUGGCAGAGAGCAAGGACGAAGCAGUGACCGCCGACUUGCAGCAGUUGAACGCCACGCUACGAGACUUGCUCUCAAUGUGGUUCUCUGUCGGUUUCUUGCGUCUGGAGAGAGUCACCUGGCAAUCGCCGUGCGACCUCUUGCAAAAGGUGAGUGACUACGAGGCGGUGCAUCCGAUGAGGGGAUGGACUGACCUCAAAAGAAGGGUGGGGCCGUACAGGAGGUGUUUCAUGUUCACCCACGACAGCAUGCCGAGAGAGCCUAUCGUCGUUUUGCACACUGCCCUGGCGGACACCAUCAGCUCCAGCAUGAGAGGCAUUGUAACAGCCGCUCAAAGACUCUCAGUUGAUGCAAGUGCUGCUGGAGGCUUGGCCGGUCUCCUGAUGGCCGAAAAUGAAAAUGCCGACCUUGUCAAAGCUGCGAUCUUCUACUCUAUCACCUCUACACAACGAGGACUACAAGGUAUCGAGCUUGGCAAUUACCUAAUCAAAAGAGUUGUCAAGGAGCUGCGCGCUGAAUUCCCCCUGGUGCAUCAGUUCUCGUCUCUUUCCCCCAUUCCUCAGUUUCGCUCGUGGCUACUGGAUCGACUGAAAGUUUCCAAGCUGCAGCAGCUCUUCACCUCUGAGGAAAUCGACAUUCUGUCGGCCCACUUAGGUUGUCCUGCUGACCCUGCCAAUGUGCGAACGCUUCUUUCGACCAACGACUGGCUGACUGAUCAUGUCUUUGUCCAAACUAUGGAGGAUCCUUUGAUGAGAUUGUGCUCAAGGUACCUGUACUUGGAAAAGCGCCGAGGUUUUGCCCUGGACAGUGUUGGAAAUUUCCAUUUGAGGAAUGGAGCUGUGAUGUGGAGGUUGAACUGGAGAGCAGACACCACCGUCAAAGGACUGAACAACUCUCUUGGGCUCAUGGUUAAUUACAGAUACUUUUUGGAGGAUGCGGAGUCAAACAGUAAGAGCUACUUGGAAGACCAGACAAUAAACGCCUCGGAGCAAAUAAUGAGCUUAGCCGAAAAGGCAAAAGUGUUGAUGAGCCUUCCAUAAGUAUUAAAAUUAUUAAAAAGUACCAAAUUCAUGUUAACGUCUGUGGUAACUGUUGUCUUGUUAUGUUAAUGAAAAAUGAUAAUAAAAAAGCGUAAGCGUAGGAAAUUAUCA